AUGUCAAUUGGAAGUGUACAAUCAGUACCAAUCGCACAGUCGUGGACUGGAUUCACAGAUAAUACACAGUUUGAUAAUGUUAGCAAUUGGAAUCCGAAUGGUCCACCAGCUGACAAUGACCUAAAGCUCAACUUUGAACCAAAUCCAACAUUUGUAAUCAAUACUCCAAUCUUCUCAUUCAACGCACACUCUAUAUUGGUGUACCCACCCAUCAGCGUCGUCCAACAAGGUGACUUUAGCGUCGACACCUUCCUCACCAACAACGGCACAUGGACAUCAGCCACCGGCAACAUCGAUGGUGUCGACGUUUCAAACAGCUUCAACAUGAACAUUGGUGCAGGCAUCACCACAACAAGACUCUACAACUACAAUGGUGGAUCACUCAAGUUCAGGUCCGCAUCUGCUACUGACGUGUAUAACUAUGGCGACAUUGAUUGUGGAGCCAAGCUGGAAGUCAAGGGACAUAUUGUGUCAUCGGGCAAGAUGUACUUUGACAAGGGUUCAUUGUUUUUGGUUUCUGGAUCAGUUGGCAGCUCGUUCACUGAUUAUGCCAAGGUUGGCUUGAAUGCAACAAUGACUGUAAUCAAGGGCCAUACAAUCAAUUGCAAGGAUAAUGCAAGGAUCGUUUCGGUGGAUGGUAGUUUUGAGUUGCGCCAGAUCACCACUUUGAACAUGGAGGGUGCCAGCUCGAUAUCCAUGGGUGGCACGACCACAACCUUUGAGAACUCUGUGCUCAACUUGAAGAACAGUGCAUGUCUAUACACUCUGUCUCAAUCCGUUGACAUUAAGAACACUACCAUUACACUCAAUGACAAUGCCAACUUCACUCUACGUGGACAAGUCAACGCUGCCGUCACACAAGGAUCAUUCAACCUCAAAGACUCAUCCCUCUUUGACGUAUACUCCGCCUCCGUCAUGACUUUUGCCGACUCUCUCUCAUCAUUCAACUUGUCACAGACCUCCAAGCUAAGCCUCAAUGCUUCAUCAUGCAUUGCAUGUACAUUCCAGCUCUAUGACGACUCAAGGAUAGUGAUCUCGGAAUCAUCCCACCUCACAUCAAACAAAUCAAGCAUACUCAAUGGAGGCUCGAUGAUCCAGGCCUCUUCAAACUCAACAAUCAAUGUGUACACUGAUUGGAGCAUGCGUGAUAGUUCUCAGAUUCAAGUGUCGGGCUCAAUGUUGACUGUAAGCGGAUCAUUGUGGACUAAUGGAGACUCCAAGCUCACCAUACAUGAUGGAUCUAAACUAAAGAUCGACGGUCAGUUGACACUACAAUCAGGCGUAUUCUCCAUUGCCAACUCAUCAAUGGUUAUUAGCACCGAUGCCACAAUACGCAUCACCAACCAGACCAUCAUCGACAACAACGUCAGCUUGGAGAACAAUGGUACCAUCCUACUUCAAGCCAACAUCAAGGUAGAGGAUACUCACAGUGGUCCAACCCAGUAUUCAUCAUUUAUCAAUAGUGGAAGAAUAUCUGGAAAUGGAACUAUUCCAAUGAAUGUUCUAAACACUGUACUCCAACUCACUCUCCUCUCAUGGACUGAUCACUCAAGCUUGAACAUCACAAAGAAUAUUACCAAGGCAGGAACUAUCAAUAUUAAGGUAAACUCAUUGAUGAUGGACAUUAGCAAGGGCAACAGCAGUGUUACUUUGGUAACAUUUGGAGCAAGUGCUGGCGGUCAGUUCGACUCGGUGAACUUUGUCUACUUCAAUGCGCAGACAGGCACAGUCGUACCCAAGCCAACAUGCCAGUUCACUCACAACACCACCGAGACAGGCAGUAUCACAAUCUUCCAAGAGUGCAUGGCACCAUCUACUACAACAACCGGCGCAUCAACAACUACAAUGUCCACGACCACCAGCACCACAUCUACAACCGAUGGCACACCAGAGCCUACACCAGCACCACCUGGCAAGAAGGGAUUGGGACCCGGUGUCACUGCCGCCAUUGUCGUAGGAGUACUCGUAGCAGUAGUUGUCGGCGCAGUCAUCGCAUCGAUCGUCAUCUGGAAGAAGCGUUUCCCAGGUACCAGCUCAUCAAUAGAGAUGCAUUAA